UUCUUGGUGGUGGUAGAGAAUCAUGUAAAGUCUAAACCUUUCCUACUCAUAUAUCAUGCAACUUUCAUGGCUUCUCUUCUUUUCUGCACUUGGUUUCCUUUCUCUUUUCAAACUCAUUUUCACUCUCUUCAAAUGGGUUUUCAUCACUUUCUUCCGACCACCCAAGAACCUCAAAAACUAUGGUUCAUGGGCUAUCAUCACCGGAGCCACCGACGGCAUCGGCAAAGCCUUUUCCUUCCAACUAGCUCAAAAUGGUCUUCACCUAAUCUUGGUUAGUAGAAACCUAUCCAAGCUUAAAGAAGUUUCUGAUGAGAUUGUAUCAGUUCACCCAACCACCAAGAUCAAGAUUUUCACUGUCGAUUUUUCUGGCGAGAAUGUGGUGGCCGGAGUUAGGGAAAUGCAGAAGGUGAUUUCUAGUGAACAACUGGACGUGGGUGUUUUGGUGAACAAUGUUGGGGUUACUUAUCCCGCGGCUAGGUUUUUUCAUGAGGUUGAAGAAGAAGUUUGGAUGAAUGUGAUGAAAGUGAAUGUGAUAGCUACGACCUUGGUAACAAGAGCCGUGGUUGAAGGAAUGGUUGAGAGGAAAAGAGGUGCCAUUGUUAAUAUUGGUUCAGGUGCUGCCAUUGUCGUACCUUCACAUCCUCUCUAUGCGAUCUAUGCUGCCAGCAAAGCGUAUGUUGAUCAGCUUUCAAGGUCUUUAUAUGUGGAGUACAAGUCUCUUGGUAUAGAUGUUCAAUGUCAAGUGCCGUUAUAUGUAUCUACAAACAUGGCAUCACAAGUUGCAUCGGUUGAGAAGUCAUCUUUGUUCAUACCAACAGCUGACGAGUACGUGAAGGCUGCAAUUAGACAAAUAGGAUACAAAUCUCGUUGCACGCCAUAUUGGGCUCACUCGGUUCAAUGGUUCUUCGCUUCGUUGGCUCUUGAUUCAAUUCUUGACACAUGGCGCCUUUCCAUUGGCAUUCGACGUAGGGGACAAUUGGCAUAGGAAUUAUACAUUGAAUUUGUAUCUCAAUCACUUGUUUGGAUAUUGUGGUCCUUGUCAUAUUAUUAUAAUUAAGGGAUUUGUGGGAACUACAUUCUGGAAGACUCUAUUGUCUGAAUCUUUCACAACGACCCAAUGUUGAUGUGAAUGAAUGAAUUAAACUGGAAU